AUGGCAAAUCAAGAACAAGAAUUGGAGCGAGUAAGCUCAGAACUCGAAGACCUACGAGGAAACAUGGGUCAAGUCAUGGAGAUACUACAGGUCAUCAGGGCAAAGUUAGACACCCAAACGACAGUCGUUUCAGAAAUCGUCGGUCCCACGAUUGAACCCCAACCUGCAAGGACAGUACCAACCACUUGGCCAGCCUAUGGUUUACCUUCUGGUUUCAUACCUCCAGUUGAAGGCGCCCCUGGUUUUGCACAAUCCACUCAGCAGAUGGCUCCUCUACCAACCAUCAAUGAAAAUCAUCCAGUGGUCCACACGUUCGCACCACCUCUCGUUCGUGCACAUGUGCAACCUUAUUUUGAGGAUCAACAACAUGCUCCGGACUUUUCAGACGAAGAUGAUGAAAGGCAGGAAGACAUAAGAGGGAUGAAGGAGAAUUUCCAGAUUCUUGAGAAAAGGUUAAGGGCUAUGGAAGGUGACCAAGUUUUUGGUGCUACUUCUAAGGAAUUGAAUGAUGAAGCUUUAGAGUUGCCAUCAUCAAAAGCUAUCCCACCAUCACGUUCUUCAUCAAAGAAAAGCAGAGCUGCAGAGUUUCAUAAUUUAUCUGAAAAGAGAAGGAGGAGUAAGAUUAAUGAGAAAUUGAAAGCUUUGCAGAAUUUAAUUCCGAAUUCUAAUAAGACAGACAAAGCUUCAAUGUUUGAUGAGGCUAUAGAAUAUUUAAAGUAGCUUCAACUUCAAGUGCAAUGUUGGUGAUCAUUUCUGCAGAUGUUAAUGAUAAGAAAUGGUUAUAGCCUGCAUCUGGUGUCUCUAUCAGGAGGAUCGCGACCUACGACGUUUUCUCAAACCGAUUUAUUCAAUCUUGAUAAGGGUAAUACUGGAUUUCACAAUUCUGUCAACGCAAUUGCCUCAUCUGCAAAUGAUGAAUGUUUUGCGCCGCCUAGUUUUAGUUUUCCAGAACAAGGCAGCAUCUCGAAUCAAACUGUCACGGCAAAUAUAGCUAAUUUCGACCCCUCAUCAAGUUUUCAACCCUCUAUUAAGGCUUAA